ACUAUAUAUAGCAAUUCCCAACUUUGGGAAAAGGCAGCCAAGUUGAAGUUGGUAUUUUGGGGAAAAUCCAAAAAGACGAACCGAAAUUCUCUCUCUUCCCCCCGAGAUUUUCAAAGCGCAGUUUUCCAAAUUCGGAGCAAUGAGUGAUCACAUAGUGUUGUACGUCGACCGUCUCAUUAGGCCCAUGGCCUCGCAGCCGCCGUCCGACGUUAAGGCGGCAGUGGAGGACCCGGCGCCGCCGGAGACCGAGGCCGGACCUUCGUCUAGCUCGUCGGCGGCGGCGGAGGGCGACUGCGGCGAGGAGGAGGAGCAGGAGCCGUUGAUUCAGACGGCGGAGUGCCGCAUUUGCCAGGAUGAGGAUAGCGUCAACAAUUUGGAAACUCCUUGUGCCUGUUGCGGCAGCCUCAAGUAUGCUCAUAGGAAGUGUGUUCAGCAUUGGUGCAAUGAGAAAGGAGAUAUAACUUGUGAAAUUUGCCAUCAGCCUUACCAACCAGGCUACACUGCACCUCCUCGUCCACAUCCUGAUGAAACUACUAUUGAAAUAGGAGGCUGGACACUUUCUGGGUCUCCUUUGAGUUUGGACGAUCCACGCAUCUUGUCAAUUACGGAAGCAGAACGUCAGUUUCUGGAUACUGAAUAUGAUGAGUAUGCUGCUUCAAGUAGUAAUGGGGCUCCAUUUUUCCGAUCCGCUGCCUUAAUUCUAAUGGCCCUUCUGAUCUUGCGACAUGCAUUGAGGGUCACAGAUGAUGAUUCCGGUGAUGAUACAUCUGCUAUUUUCUCGCUCUUUUUGCUUCGAGCGGCUGGAUUUCUUUUGCCCUGCUACAUUAUGGCUUGGGCCAUCAGUAUCUUGCAGCGUCGACAGCAAAGACAGGAAGCUGCAGCGUUGGCAGCAACACAAGUUGCUUUUGUUCUUCAAUCUGGGCAACAUAGGGGUCUGCAGUUUGCGGUAGCAUCAGGGCCCCCCGGAACGACUGCACAGCAAGAAACUGCCUAAUUCUCAUACAGUCUGGAGGGGUCUGCAGUUUGCGGUAGCAUCAGGGCCCCCCGGAACGACUGCACAGCAAGAAACUGCCUAAUUCUCAUACAGUCUGGAAGAAUGCUGGAGAGUUUUCUGUGCCAUGGUGAGGGCGAGUAGCGGAAAGUAGUGAACAAUAAAUGGAAACAUUAUAAUCACAAUUGUUUUCUAAAAAUAUAAAAAGAGAAAAUAGAAAGAAAAAAAAAAACAGAAAAGGCUAUAGCUGCGUGGACUUCUGUCAAAUGGCUUGUUGAAAAGGCUUCCCAGUUUACCUCCAUCUCUGGUUGUCAUGUAUUAUAUGUAUGUAUUUAUAUUAUUUUCAUUCAACCAGAGAAAAAGGAAAUAUUUAUUUUCAUUCCGGUUACCUCUGCCACAGCUGGUUGUCAUCUGGAACGGGUUGUCUUGUUCAACUUGAUUUAUUGGCUGUAAUUCCUACUUUGUAUUAUACUUUUUGUUAUCCAAUUUCCAUUUCAUUAAAGGCUUCAGUAAUUAUUUUCCGUAA